AUGCCAGUGGUGGGCAAGGAGAAGGUAACAUGGAUGAAGUUGACGACGAAACCUCUUGAUAAGGAGAAGAACUUCAGUAAAGUCAAGAGGGCUCUUUGUAGCCUGACUCAAAUAAAAGACCAACGGUUCGACGAUAACGAAACAGUCACGAUCAAAGUGGUUUGUUGCAGUCCUGAAAAAGUUGCGGACAAACUCUGCAAAAACGGAGGUGGAGCUAUCAAGAAGAUCGAGUAUGGUAUCGAAAACCCUAUGGCACCAAAGCCUAAGGCACCUGAAAAGCCUAAAGAAGGUGACAAACCUAAAGACGGUGACAAGCCUAAAGAAGCAGAGAAGCCAAAACCAGCUCCAGCAGCUUCGAGUUCUCAAACAAUGAUCUAUAAUUCAGAGCCGGGUCACCCGAUUUAUGGUGGGUCUUACAACGGCUAUUACCAAGAAUAUGGGUCUUACCCGGAGACGCAGUGGGGUCAGCCGAUGUAUAAUGGAUAUCCUUCAAGACCCAUUUAUGAUAGCUAUGGAGGUGGAGGUUGGAAAGGAGAUGAGACCGGCUCAUCUUGCACUAUUAUGUGA